AUGUUGUCAGCACAGAAGCCAACGCCAACUGACAUCUCUAGUACCACUCAGCAGCAUCGACAGUCUACGAUGGAACACUCAGAGGAGGCAGAGGAGCAGCAUCCCUCCCUCUACUUAGAAGUUUGUUCCCUUAACGAGGAGCGGCGUCUUCCCCUGCACACCUCCGUCGUCUUGUUUCUCCUGUCCUACUGCGACUGCAAGUCUUUCGAAGUGUUUCUGGUCUUCGACGACGGUGGGGACUCGGAGGCGGUGAGGGGCCGGCUCCCGGGGUCGGUGGAGGUGCGCGGGGUCCCGGUGGAGGCCGUGCCCCCGCUGGUCAGGGGCUGCCGCCUGCCCGCAGCUCUGGACGGGACCGGCCGGCUCUGCAGGGCCGGGCUGGCCGUGGUCCUCAGACACAUCAUCAACCAAACCCUCGCUGCUGACCCUUCCAGGAACGAUGUGCUGGCCCUGCUGGGUUUCAAGAAGACCUGUCUGAAGGCCUGUGCGGAGGUGAGCAAGUGGACUAGAUUGUGUGAAAUUUGCAUUCCUUCCACUGUUGAGGAACACCUCCGGAACCCCAGAGAUCCGGCCCACCAGCUUCCUCUUCCCAUUCUGACCCUCGAGCAGCGGCUUGCGGAGCCGGUCAAAGUACACAACGAUGACAAAAUACGCAGGCAGAAACUCAAAGAGCAAAGACAGAGCGAGGAGAAGCAGACCCCCGAAGGCCGGGGAGACCUGGACCCUGCGGUCAGUCCCGUCCGGCCGUCCCGGGCCUCGAACGGACUGGAACUCAGGGCGGCACUUUCCAAGCUGUCUGUGGAUUCAGUUCCAGCUUCAACCACCAGAGAGAACUCUGAGAUCAGGAAAGUGAAGACGACAGACCUGCCCCCCCUGGAGCACGUGUUUGCUGAGGGACUUUACUUCACCCUGACUGAUGUGGUGCUGCUGCCGUGCAUUUAUCACUAUCUGCGUUCCCUCCAGGCCCACGCGGCGGGCGCGCUGCACCACCUCCCCCACCUGCUCCGCUGGUACAGCCGUGUUCAGGAGGUGCCGGGGGUUCUGCGGGCAGCCAAGGAUUGUGGGCUCCUCCUGUCCGUCCCCCAGGUCUCCGCGUCCAGUCUCUCCGGACCGCCAGUACAGGACACACCAGGAAACCUGCUGGCACAGGAAGAAGGCCCCGAGCCCCCUUUCAUUGGCGGCCCCAGGCCAACAAUGACAAAACUUAAAGAAAAUGGCAUCGAGGCUGUCUUUGCUCCUCAUCCUUGCCCUUCCUGGACCCUCCCAUGGGACAGCUUACCAGGAGCCAUCAACCCCACUGAAGUUCUGCUCUCUGACUCUUUGCAGCGCACCUUCUGGUGA